AUGUAAUUUUUAGUGUUAAUCUUGUAAGGAAGUAUUUUAAUCAACGCAGUCUUUGGAGGUUGGAUUAUAUAAUAUAAUGGAAUACAUGAAUUUAAAACAAUUACGUGUACUUCAUUAGGUUGUUUAUAUGGAUUCAAGAAUUAAACAAGCACAGGACCUGCCUUAUAUUUAAAUUGUCUAACAAAUCCACUAACUGCGUUGGUUUUAGAUAAUAAUUAAAUGACUUCAAUAGAAAAUGCUGUAUCCUUAACACCAUCGUAAUCAAACGCUUAUAAAAUGAUUAUGUUUGAUGUAUACUAUACAAGUCAAUGGGUAGAUGAUGUCAUAGAUUUUGAGUUUAAUAAUUAAAUUUUUGAAAUUAGACAUUCAACGACAAAUCCACUACCUCAAACAAAUGGCUUUUGUAAUUCAAUUUAGUAUGAGCUUAGAACAUAUAACUUUACAUUACCUUAUAGUUCAUAUAAUUACUAAUUUCCAAAAUUUACAAUAUAUAAUCCAUUAAUUAGUGCAAUGAUUAGAAAUGUGCAUAUGUCAUUUUAAAAUUGUUAUCCUGGUUGUACUUAAUGCAGUGGACCAGAUCACAACUUUGAUUCAAUAAAAGUUAACCUUUUCUAUUUAAGGGAACUUUACGUAAUAUUCAAAAAUAAUUUAGUUAAUAAGGAGCUGGUUGGUUUGUAAGAUUGGUUUAAAUCACAACAGGUUAUUGUCCAAAUACAUGUCUGAAAUGUGA